AUGAUUUUGAAUAAUCAAGAGCUAAAUGAUUUAUUUAAUCAAUGUGAAAAUGUGAAAUCAGAGAAAUUUGUUGUAAAUAAGAAGGAAGAUGAUGAUUUUGGUGUUUUUGAAUGUAAUGAAGAAAGUAGUUUUGAUGAAUUUGGUGAAUUUAAGAGACAAGGAGCUCCUAUCAAGUCGAAUAAUAUUGAUCAAGGUGUAGAUUUGAAUCAAGAUUCUUGGAUAACUAUGUCAGAUCUUUCAUUUUUGGAAUCAUUAUCUUCUAGACUAUCUAUAAUAUCAACGACAACACCUACUAAUAAUAAUUAUCGAAUAGAUAGUUUUAUAACACAAAUUAAUCGUGAUUCAACUGAUUUAAUCACAAAUCUUGAAACUUUGAAAUCAAAUUCAAUUAUAGAAAAUCCUUCGACAAGUAUCACUAAGAAAAGUACUUUGUCGAUCUCUUCAGAUUUUGGAAAUAUGGUUUCUGCUAUUCCCUCGGGUAAUUUGAAUCAGGAGAAUUUCUUGAACUUCGAUGAUCAAGUGUUACCCAAAUCAUCGUCUUCUAAUAAUUAUACGACAUCAUCAAGUACAAAAUUAUGUGAUCAUCCUGAAAAGGUGUUAUACAAUACAAAGAAAAAUUCAAGUUCUAAAUUGUCGUUUUCAGUUUUUGGUGAAAAGAUUUCAGCUAUAAUGCUGAUUUAUUUGGUUCAAGCAAACCCAAUGAACAAAAACAACAAGAUAAUGAUAAUUGGAUUUCAAUUCACUAGUGAUCCAAAGAUGCCUUCAAAAGUGCAACUACAGAAUGGUUCAGAUAUAUUUUUACGAUUGAUAUCGCAACAAGUUGAUAAAGGAAAUACAUUCAAUAAUUAA